AUGGUCAAGGCCGAUGUCAAGCGGGAUUAUUAUGCCGACCUGGAUUUACCCCCAACGGCAGACUCUGAAGAAGUCAAGAGGCAAUUCAGACUGUUGGCCAAACAAUAUCACCCAGACCGCAAUCCCGGUCAUGAAGCUGAAGUCGUCCCAAAGUUUCAGGCAGUCCAAGCCGCCCACGAGAUCUUGAUUGAUCCCGUUGAGAAGCUGAAAUACGACCAAGGCAGGGCAAAACUUGCUGCAAAGAACGCCACCACAUAUACCCCCGAUCCAUAUUCUUUUGCCCGUUCCAAUGCUCAAAAGCCUACAACGGCAGGGACUCCCUUCAACUUUCCUCCUCCAAAACAACAAGAGAGACGCUCCCCAUUUCCUCCCCCGAAUCAAAAGCCUGCUUCGGCGGGCGCUGGGAAAUUCGAAGCCUGGGCCCGCCCUGCUCCAAAUGCCAAUGCCUGGGAUCGCAGCAGAUUUGAGGCCGAGGCUGGCGCUGCUCGUGGCUUUUCCAACAUGAGACAAUCACAGAAUCCUCCUCAGAUGCCCCCACGAACCAGCCGACAACAUCCCACUGCACCAAAACAGCCCCCGCCCGCUGAGACGGCUCACAUCCCCAAUGUCCCUCCAACCAGUUUCCCCGGGUUGUCAAGGACUCAAAGUGCUCGGAAGCCUACAGGCUACAUGCCAGGUGCCUAUGGCAACGCUGAUGAGCCUGCUGCCCCACGCACGUCGGCUUAUGCGCAUGUCAGAGCUGAACGUCCAUAUGCUCCUCCUCAGCCUCCAAAUAUCCAUGUAUCUGAACCUUACAAUGUGCGAUCUCCCCCUGUAUCUCGAGCAAGACCCACCGUGAGUCCGUUACGACACACUCGCUCUUCAGAUCACGAAAUGCGAUCCGAACGUGUCAGCACAUCACGUCCAUCAGCCAAGUACGGUGGUCUCGGUGGAGAGAGGAUUGAUAUUCAUGAUGAUGGCCUGCAUCGGUCUGCCAGCGUUCGCAAUUCUCCGGUCGAACCGGCUUGGGAAGAUCGAGGUCCCUUUGGUCGAAGCUCGGGGCGAUAUGAGCACGUGCCUCGUCACCGCAGUGCAAGUCCUAAAGUUAGCUCAACUGGCGUUCAUGCUGAUUAUUCCUCAUCUUCGGGUGAAGAGGAGGUCAUACAGAUGGGUUCAAGACCAAAAGCAACCCCCAAGAGUCGGCCCAAACCACAGACCGGUCCUAGUUUUCAAGCUUUUGCUGACGAUGAUCCCGCUUUAACUGGGCAUUUCCCCAGUACUAAUUAUACAAAAGUAGUCAACGACUCUCAACACCACUAUCCUCCUCCUGAACCCAGGGAGCACACUCGAAAGCCUUGGACAGAUAUGGCUUCCCCCGAUGAGCUCCCCCGAAAUGAAUUCGAUGGACGUGGUGGAAAUAUGGAUGGUCCCAAGUAUGCUUCUACUUCCCUUAAUCAGUCUCCCUAUUCUUGGUCUCAUUAUUGUGGUCCCAAUCGCACGCAACGAGGGCAGUCUUUCAACGGCAUUCCUUCAUGGGCAGUCCCUUCGACUGUCUAUCCGCAAAGGACUCCUCCACGUACGGAGCCACGAGAGACCCCUCGUCGCGCUGCUUCUGAUGCUAUUACUAGCGCUGAUCUUCUUAGAUCUUCUCGCAAUUCUUUCUUCAAUGAGAAAUUCACUAAUCGCGGUGUUAGUCACAACGAAAAACCAACUCACCAUGUUAAUGGUACUUUCGUGGCAUCUGAGUGGCAUGACAAGGUUACAUCAGAUGAUUUCCGGCCGAAUCUGAAUGACGCUCAAUUACGAAAGUCUCCUUCGAAGACUUCGCGCACAGUUAAGCCUGUCACUCGUGGUCGUGGACUUUCAAGAGCUGCUGAUCAAGAAGGUCAUUCCUCCUCGGAAAGUUCUACUGGGCCUCGAGGUCAACAUGCCGAAGCUCACCGUCGAGACGAUCCUCCUGUCAACAAAGCAACAGCAUUUCAGCCAGGAAAACUUGCUGGUGAUUGGGCUUCAAAUCUCAAACCAUCCACUGGCCAAGGGGAAGUUCGAGCAGCAUCGCACCAGGGAAAGGAUGAUUCGAGUUCGACCAGUUCGAGAGAGCCAUAUGUCGUGGUAGAAGAAGAUGUUAUGGACGUGGACGACCAGCCUGUGACAGGUAAUGGUCACCAUCGAACUUCUACUAAUGGUAUCAAUCACUCGGUCAGGGACUCAUCCAGACGAUCAAGCAAGAGGCAGUCCAUGAAUGGAGGAGUAGACUUGAGCGACCUUGCAAAACAUGCGCCGUUUGCAGCCAAAGCUGGUGGUUUGAAGGAUAUGGACGAACUGGCCGCCAAUCUUCCCUUUGAAUCUCGUGCCGAGAAAAAUGUCGAUCUGGAACGAAAGCAAUCAAAUAACAAAAAUCCUCGUCCACUUGCCAUGCCUCGUCCACCACGAGCUGUGGUACCACCAGCGGAGGAUCGCCUCACACCGGAUAACUUCAUGCAAUACUGUCAAAACAUGGCGGCAUACAUGAAGGAGUGGAAUAAUUUCAAUGCGAGCAUGCUUGAGCACUUUCGCCACCGUCAGGACAUGGUCUGCGGGAAUAUGCUCGACAACUGGAUCACAAUCCGAUCAGAUGGUCCAGAUGCACACGAAGAGGAUAGAGACACAGGAAUAGGUCUGACUCGUUCGCGAUCAUCAAGUUAUGCAGGGUAUGCUACUUAUAUGCAAUGGCUGCAAGAAGAUGCCAGGUGCCGCGAAUGGUGGGAUCACGCGAACGAAUUACACCUGAAAUGUGUUGAGGAUUUGGGCCGUAUUAGAGAGAAGGCGAAGAACUCUUUCCGUUGA